CACAGCCGAGCCAGGAAGUGGAUCUUUGUCAUGUCCUUGUGCAAGGUUGAAGCUGGCUGCUUUUUCACAAUAAAUUCACCGCUUGCUAUUUAACUCUAAGUUUCACCUUCCUGUCACAGGCACUGGCUACAUUUUAUUGGAAGUCUUUACUGUACAAACCGGUUUUAAAGGUAUAUAUGAAAGUGAAAGCAGUUAGAGUGGAGGUAAUGAAAUAAAAGAAGCAGAGCUGGAAAGAGUACCUAUAUUCUCUCUGAGCUGCACAGUUGGAUGUUAUUCAACAGGACAAGACGUCACAAAUGAUGGACAAACCGACUGAAAACGCAGAUGAGGACACAGUGUCCCUCAAGAGCAACGGGAAGUCGCCGACUAAUGGAGCACCACUGGGCAUGUUAAAGUCAUUCAGACAGAGCUUCCGGCGAGUGGCUGAGAAAAGUCCCCUAAAGUCCGGAGGCAAGGGGUCAAAGGUCAUUCCUAAAGCAGACACAGGCGACAAUGAGUUGGGGUCACCGCCGCCUCCGUCACCCAGUCUGAGCUGUGGCUCUCCUGUGACCUCCCCGCUGAAGAACUUCAUGGAGAAGAAAGAGGAAGACGAGACCGGUGACGUCACACCACAGCAAAGCAAAGGUCUGACGCGUUCAAAGACAGAUCCCAAUAUGUCCGGGAUUGGCGACGCUCUCCUGAGAAGAGGAGCGUCCAUUCGUAAUAGCUUAAAAUUUGGCAAGAAGGACAAGGUUAAAAACCUCACAGGGGCGCUCGUCCCGCUCACUGAAGGCUCAGCGGAGGAGAAGAAGGAGGAAAAAGAGGAGGAGGAGGAGGUGUGGGAGGAGAUUAAGGAGGCAUACACACUGCCAGAAAUACCACACACACCACUGUCAGUGAUGCAGAUCAACAAGCUGAUAGAGAUGGAGGUCCUGGAGGAGGCUCACCUCAACCUCCUCGCCAUGCGGCAGGAGUUCAAGCAGGAGCAGGAACGGUGCGGCGAGGACUCGUCCAUGGAGCUGGCCAAGAAGGAAAAAGACCUCAACCUCCUCUAUGGAGAGCUGAGGAACAAAAUCAACACCAUAGUGCGUGACUCCAACUCCCUCACCUCCAGGAACAAGGGGCUGCUGGUUCACGUGGCACGCAUCAUCCAAGAGGAGAUGAAGAGAGCUGAGGAACCCGGCGGGCUUCCAGGCAGCUGGAUGGAGUCCUGGACAGAGGCGGUGGGCGAGGGAGUGCAGGUGAAGGUGGGGAACGUUCACCUGGAGCCGAAGGAGCAGAACCAAUCCUGGUUGGCAGUUCAUCUGGGUCUGCUGGGUAAGGCCAUCGUGGAGGACUUGGAGACAGUGAAGAAGGAGCUGCGGUGGUCGUACCCUCCCAGCUUUAAGGUCUUCAGCACCUACGUGAGGAGUUACCACAGAGUCGUCGGGCAGCACCUGAAAAAGCUGGAGCGGGAAGUGACGGAGCUGAAGGAUCUGUACGCUCUGCUGGACUGGAUCAUCAACCGCUACAAGAGCGAGAAGAUCAUGGGAAGUCUCUCCCUGCAGCCCGACAUGAAGGAUGAGAGCACUGAUCUGCAGCUGGAGGCCGACUUCCUGAAGCAGCUGAAAGACAAGUACUGCUGGAGAGUGAAGGAGGACACGAGAGCUUCACUGGACAAUAUCAUUGAACUUGAAAAUAAGGACUUUUGGAUGCACAGCAAGACUCCUGAGAAGGAGGACGACUUCCUCGACUCUCAGAUUCACAUGGACAUCUGGACGAACGUGAAGGGCAGUAUUGUUAACACACAAAAAAUUGAUGCUCAGCUGGAACAGAAAGUGGUGUCUUCCUGCCUCCAAGAGCUAAAAGAGUUCCCCAAGAGGUUUGAGACGCAGUACAAACGCCACUGCAGCGCGCUCAGACAGCAGCCUCUUUGGACGGAGUAUCACAUAACAUACAUCAACAGCUUCACUGCCUUACAGCAGCACAUGGAGGAUUACCGGGAUGCCUGUCCGGCUGAAGUGGAAGAAUUCAGGAAAGAGGUGAAAUGGCUGGUUGUCAGGCUGAUGGAGGAACUGGAGGAUCAGUACAAGGAGGAUGUCAAGGCGUACCUGAGGAGAAUGAUGACGAGGAAGUGGCUCACCGACGACGAAGACUUCAAACAUCUUCAGAGCCGAACAGAGCUGCUUUCUGAGCACUGCUCCCUCCUGAGGCCUCCACACAACCAGGAGUUUGCAAGCCGACUGCACUACCACGUGGUGAAGGAAUACGUCGGCCAGCUGAUGAAGAAUAAUUACUCGUGCAAGAACCGGAAACACGAGAAGGCAGUGACAAAGAUCCGUGAGCAGUGGAGUGAACUCAGAGAUCUGUUUGAGGACAUGAAUUCGACCCACGAGUGGCUGCAUCAUGUAGGAAACGACCUGAGCAACAUCAUCAUUCAGAAGAACAAGUCAGACAUAAAGAACCACCUGCAGCCGUUAGUGGAGCAUUACCCGGACUUCAGCAGGAAACACCUGGAUGCUGUUCUGUACUUCAGAGGCCCGCUAAGAGGCCGUGAACACCAGCUGAUUAUGCGGAGACUCGCGGAGCUGAAGAAGAACGCGGGCGGUGGCGACAAGAGCCAAGUUUUAUUUGGCGACAUGCAGGUCACCGUCAACACAGACUGCCUUUCCAAUCUGCCUUUCUCCUGCUUCAGCUGCCUGCUGCCCGACAACUAGUGCAACAUGGUGGACGAGUCGCUGCAUGGAAGAAAAGUAUAAGUUCAAGUUACAGUUGUACUCAGGUUGUUUGACACACCUAAAGAACUUGUUGUCUUUAAAAUGUUAUUUAUAGCCGAUAAGUAAACAGUUUCCUAAUGAGUUUAUGGUUUCAAUCUCUAGUUUUAAGUCUUCAUGAUGUUCAUUUUGUAAAUUAUAGUCCAGUUUAGAGUAAAAUAGACGAUAAAGCAGGGUAUGUAACGCACAAAACUCAGAUCGAACUGUCAAACUAGGCAGUGCUGAUCAAAUAUAAAUCAAGAUUCUGUUACUGUGAAACAUAUUUUAGUGUACUGUUUAGCUGUAAUACGAGAUUGUGUGUGACCAGGCAGCCAAUGAGAGCAGCUCAACUCGUAGUACGCCACCUCUGCUGGUGAUGACCGUUAACACCAAACUCGAGGCUUCAUCACGGUACUCCACAAACCAAUGGGUGACGUCACGAUAGGUUCACACUUGGUCAAAAACACUAAUUUGGUCUGAGAUCAUAAUGCCUUAAUCUGAAAGAAUCUGAAGUUUAAAUACAAAAAUUAACAAAAAUAAAAUAUAAAAGACAAUCGUAAUGUAACAUAAAUAUUCUAUUCAGCAUAUCAUAUAUCAUUAUUGCUGGCCAAUUUAUUAUGGAUUUAUUUAUUAUUUAUUGACAUUUUUUGAAACAGCAACUUAAUCAUCUCAUAUAGACCUUUUUCACAGCAGCCAUUUUAACGUGAACUAGUAGAGUAAACACAGGUGUUACCUGUGAUACUAAUUAAGGUUUCCAUUCCAUUUAGUGCAGCAGAGCCUUUCCAGUGAGCCAACAUGCACAAUAGCUGAAUGGAGCUAUACCUUAAUUAGUAUAAUUAGAUUAAGUUAAAAAUGAAUCUAAUAACAUGUCCACUGUUUUUACACCAAUUACAAUGAAUACUUCGGUCCAACAGAUGAGAGAACUUACUUCUGUUAUUCUAGAUGCAAAAAUCCUUUAAACGUGUUCAUUAAUGACUCGGACGGAUGUAAAAAUGCCACAUCUGUUAUCACUCACACAACUAACUAAAUGUGACGCAUUUAGUGUGAUACAUAUUAGAGUGUUUCCAGCAUUUUGUGAGAAAUUGCAGAAUUAUUUUCUGGGAAAGAAAACACCAACUAAUUCACCAACUAAUCUGGAUAUAACUCAAAGCUGAGGGUGGUCAAAAAGAUUGUGAAACUCUCUGUGUGGAACAAAUAAAAGGCAGGUUUCAGUGCCAAAGUGCUUGCUGUGAGGAGGUUUUCUCAGCAACACUAUUCUGCAGUCCUAUUUUUGUUAGACCUCAGUUUGAGUUUGUAGUGUCAGAUCAACUAAUAAGAACUGAGAAACUGAAACCCUCUUGCGUGCCUGAAUACCCUGAAUGUGUCAUGUGCUGUUGAUCAAGGAACUGAACCUAGUGGAUGGGAAAUUUACCAUGCGUGAGCCCUCCACACUGCCUUCAGACUUAAAAAUGAGAUGGGUUUUUUUGUGAAAUAUAUGUUGUUGAAUUGUCUUUCUGCUAAAUCUCUGAUUAUAGAUGAAGCUGUAUGAUCAUAGAUAUAAAACCUAGCUUAAUGAGAUUUUCAUUGCACAUUUUAUUGUAUUCCUUUAAUCAUUCUGUUCUCCUGUUUUUGUUAAUGUUUAUGUAUCCAUGUUUGUUACCCAGUUUCUCAGGAUGGUUUUUCAGGGUUUUCAACUUUAUUUGACCUGUGAUGUCUGUUUCAGGUUUCCAGAGUUCUCAUAAAUCCUGACAGUGAUAUGAAUUUAAGUAUGAAAUGUUUCUGUGUUCGAUUUUCAAAUGAGCAAAUGGAGCCCAAAGGGGUUUAUAUAUAAAUAUGUGGAAAUUUAUUUAAUCUUUUUUUAAUAAAACAUAUGAAACAAAUUAGUAUCA